UCUCUGCUUAUUCCACUGCGCUCCUCCAGAGAGAAAGAGAGACGAUGGCUCUGCUGCAGCUGAUCUUACUGGCCUGUGUGUCUGUGGGGAUGGCACAGGAUUUCGCCUCACCUGAUACCGACAUCCUGGCCGAGCUGAAAGAGCUGAAAGCCAAAAUGGAGAAACUGGAGAGGGAGAAUGAAGCUCAGGCAGUGAAGCUGAGAGCCUUGGAGACCAGGCUGAACAUCAGAGAGAGUCAGCUGGAGGAAGAGCAACCUGUGUUAAUGCAGCUGAAAUCGACAGUGGAGGAAGUGAAGAGGCAGAAUGCAGACAGACCAAAGGUGGCAUUCUCAGCAACACUGUUUGGAGCUGGCAGUCAACACACAGGACCUUUCAAUACUGAAACCACUCUGAUCUACAAAAAAGUCAUCACAGACAUCAGCAACAACUACAACCCAGCUACAGGGAUCUUCACAGCACCAGUGAGAGGACUUUACUACUUCAGGUUCUCUGGACAUGCCUGGGGUAACCAUUACAUGGCUGUCAGCCUUUAUAAAAAUGAACAACGCAUAUGUUCUGCAUAUGAUGAGCAACGAUCAGGUAAUGCAAAUUCCUCCAAUGGAGUAACACUGCUGCUGGAAGAGGGAGAUCGUGUCUACAUGCGUCUCUGGACAAACAGACAAAUCUUUGACGAUGACGGCAACCACAGCACCUUCAGUGGCUUCCUGCUCUUCCCCAUGUGAAGAGAAUAUUUCUAUCACUGUGGGACAGUGAUUCUACAGAUUUGGCAUGGACUUUGUUUCACGCAUGAGCAUGUGCACACAUACACACAGGAAAUUAAGACAAAAAUUUAACAUUUCUAGAUUUUAAAGAAUUAAGUGCAAUGAAUUAUGAAGUAAAUAAAGAUCUUGUGAAAUAAAGGAAAAAGGAAAAAA